GCCUUUUGUUCAGCUGUAAAGCUAAUACUUCUUAAUAAUCCAAAUGAUUGUAAACCUAACAGUAUGCUAUCAGAAAACUAUUUUAUUUCAGGGUAAUAACAAACCUGCACACUAGAAUUCCUCCCUUUGUUCCAAUUUUCCAGAGGAAAUUUUGGAACACACUUUUAGGUAUUCAACUUCUUGUGGGGUUAGGUUUUGAUGAUUGAUGCUGGAUAUUUGUACAAACUGACCAUAUAUUUUUAUUUGCCUUUGUAUAAACUGUUGUCUUAUUGAGCAUAAACACUGGAAACAACAUAACAGGCAGACUAUAGUUAUAAAUGUUUUAAUUAUACUUAGCAUAAAAGGUCUAAGCCAUCCUGUAAGGGAAGAGAACCAGUUAGUAAGCCAGCUAAGAGAUGCAUCUUUGGGGAUUUUAGCUACAUCUUCGGCUUUCUGGAUAUGGACAGCUGCAUCACUGAGGUGGGUUUGUACUAUUGUAAAAGAACUGUUAACCCAAACGCAACAUUUUGGUCCGAUAACCGCACAAGCUCCCCCUUGAGCAGCAAGGAGAAAAUCAAGGGCUAUACCGUUUUGAAUUAUUAUUUGUCGGAGUUCUUCUUGGGUGUUAGCCAAGGCAGCAACGGCCUUCGAGAGGUCUUUGUGACCUUUAUUGAAUUUAUGAGCCAUGAUUUUUAUCACAGCUUGCAGGCAUAGUGUAAAUCUUCCAAGACAAGCAGUGCCUACUCCUGGGAGUAUACCUGCUAAAGAACACCCGACUAAUACUCCUUUGGUGGCCCCGGAGCCUGGAUGCUGUCGGGAGGCACCGUAAGUGAGUGCAGGGAGAGCAAGAGCCCAGGCCCCCGGCUGGAGUGAGGCCUUUCCUGGGGAGAUGGUGGAUGCUGUGCUGGAGCCCGUGGCAGCCAUUGGCCUUCCCUGCGCAGCCUGAAGUGAAGCUGAAGGAGCAGGACCCAGGAGAUCUCCAGGCAGGAGCUGAGGGGGAGAGCAAAUCCCUUUUGUGGUCCAGACUGGGACCAGGGUGAGGAGGGUUUCCCCAAGGUGGUCAGCACCUUGGCCAAUAAAGCAGGAGGAGCCGGUCCAACGCCAGGAGAUCCAGGGACAGGAGGUGAUGCAGGCCAUGUGGCCCCCGCCUGAGACCAAGAUUCCCUUAGAGACCCCACAGCUGGGGUACGACCUCCCCACCCCAGAGACCUGGCACCAGCGUUUCCGGGGCUUCUGCUACAUGGAAACCAUGGGGCCGCAGGAGGUUUGCAGCCGCCUGUGGGAGUUCGCCCUGCGCUGGCUGGAGCCCCAGCGCUGCAGCAAGGAGCAGAUGCUGGAGCUGGUGGUGCUGGAGCAGUUCCUGGCCAUCCUGCCCCGGGAGAUGCAGAGCUGGCAGUGGGGGCAUGGUGUGGAGACCUGCGCCCAGGCCGUGACCCUGGCCGAGGGGUUUAAGCUGGGGCAGGAGGAGGAGGAGAAGCUGCAGGGCAUAGUGAGUGUAAAAGCCGAGGAGGUGUCCUCAGACAAUAUGCAUCCCGCUGCAGCAUCACAGGAACCUGGUGAUUCCUGGCCAGUGCAGCCAAAGGCCGAAUGUGUGGACAGGCCUUUGGAGGACUCAGGAGAGAGGGAAACACCGGGGCCCCUGGACAAGCCACUUCAGGUCUCCAAAGAGGAUCCUCAGCCUCACCAGGACUCAGGAGGUGCCUGGCUGCUGAGCAGAGGUGAGGAGAAACCUCCUGUGGAAGAGCCUGCAGACCUGGAGCCAGCGCAGACUUCCCCAGGGAGUUUGGGCGAGAUGGACUCCCUGAGACCUGAGAAGGAGCCACGGCAUAAGAGUCAGGGAAAGCCCCGAAAGCAGAAGGAGAAUGUAACGGUGAACAAGCAACGUCGUAUCCACCCAGGGAGGAAGACACACCGCUGCAAGAAGUGCAGGAAGACCUUCAGCUGCGUGCAAGACCUGUCCCAGCACCAGUGUGUGCAGAGUGGGGAGCAGCCAUACCUUUGCACCAGGUGUGGGAAGAGCUUCAAGCAGCCCUCCAUGCUGGCCAGGCACUUGUUCAUGCACACACGGGAGAAGCCACAUCAAUGCUCAGAGUGUGGGAAGAGCUUCACCCUGUCCUCCAGCCUGACCACACACCAGCUCAUACACACAGGGGAGAAGCCACAUCAGUGCUCAGAGUGUGGAAAGAGGUUCACCCAGUUCUUCAGCCGGGCCCGGCACCCGUUUAUACACGCAAGGAAGGAGCCACAUCAGUGAUCAGAGGGUGAGAAGAGCUUUAUGAAACUGUCCCACCCAGCUCAUCCACACAGAAAAGAGGCCACAUCUAUGCUCCGGAUGUGUGAGGAGAUGAUCUUUGCAUCAGCCUCGGAGCCUGUGCCAUCCGCAUCCUUCUCUAAAAGCCAGUGCCUUCACAAUAGGUGCCCUCCCCAAGACAACUGGCUCCAAGUGAAACCCAGGGACUCUCCUUGGCCAACCCCAGUUUUGCCCUCCCUCCUGGUCCCAGGAUUCUGGUAUGUGAGGCUCUUGAUUUGCAGGAAGGAGGGCAUUUAUUGCCGGGGAAUCAUUCCCUGACCUCACCUUUCCUCCCCAUCACAUCACCCCUCUCCCAAGUCUGCACAUGCCCUUCGGGGUCUGCAAGAAGCUGCUGCUGGCAGCCCAUGAGCCCAGUUUGGCAAGUUUUGCUUCUCAGCCCCUCAUCACAACCACCAGGUGCCAGCUUUCCCGGCCCUCCUUCCCUGCAUCCCAUUCUCCAUAACAGAUUCCUUGCUAAUAAAGCCUCAUAACUUAACAUGA